AUGGCUUCUUCUUCUUCUUUUAGAAUGACUUUCUCUGUAGUGUUUCUUAUUAUCAUUGGGAUGGCAUCUGCUGAGCUAUCCUCCAGUUACUAUAACACUUCAUGUCCCAAUGCCCUCUCCACCAUCAAGUCUGCCGUGAACUCUGCAGUUGCUAAGGAAAGUCGCAUGGGCGCUUCCCUUCUUCGUCUUCAUUUCCAUGAUUGCUUUGUCAAUGGUUGCGAUGCAUCUAUUCUGUUGGACGAUACAUCAACCUUCACUGGUGAGAAGACAGCCAACCCUAACAACAAUUCAGCUCGAGGGUUUGAUGUGGUUGACACCAUCAAAUCUGAUGUUGAGAGCAUCUGCCCUGGCGUAGUCUCCUGUGCAGAUAUUCUUGCCGUUGCUGCCCGUGAUUCCGUUGUUGCUUUGGGUGGCCCUUCAUGGACUGUUCUGCUGGGGAGAAGAGAUGCAACCACAGCAAGUUUAAGUGCAGCCAACUCUGACAUCCCUUCCCCAUCCUUGAAUCUUAGUGGGCUUAUCUCUGCCUUCUCCAAGAAAGGUUUAUCUACCAAGGAAAUGGUGACUCUCGCAGGUGCCCACACCAUAGGCCAAGCUAGAUGCACAAACUUCCGAUCUCGUAUCUACAAUGAGACCAACAUUGAUACUUCCUAUGCAACAUCUUUGAAGUCGAAUUGCCCAAGAAAUGGCAGUGACAACAAUCUCUCUCCUCUUGACACUACAAGCUCGACUUCUUUUGAUUAUGCUUAUUACAAGAACCUGGUGAACAAGAAGGGUUUGUUACACUCGGAUCAACAGCUCUACAAUGGUGGUUCUACAGAUUCUCAGGUUUCUGGCUAUAGCUCCAGCUCUUCUACUUUCUUAUCGGAUUUCAAGAGCGCGAUAGUGAAGAUGGGGAACAUCAGUGUACUCACGGGGACUAGCGGAGAGAUCAGAACCAAUUGCAGGAAAAUCAACUCAUGAGCCUUGAUCUCAAGCUUUUUAAUUAGUUGUAGGGUUUGGUUUUGUUUGAUGUUUUUGAUGACUUUAGAUAUAGUUA